GCCGAGUAAAGGAGUACGCUGUGACGUUCGUUCGUAUACCGUGUGGUAUUAUACUUGUAUUACAGCAAUCACAUUCGCACAUAUAUAAUCGUUGCCGACUGUACUGCUUGGUGUAAAAAUGUGGUAAAAAUGCAUUAUGAGGUGUUCCUGGUUUCUAGAGGAAUUUAGGGCAGUGUAGGUAGAUCGGUAGGCGUUUGUGGUUCAGGUUGAAAACAGCGUUGCUCUGAUGUCACGUAAGAAGUUUAUUAGGGGUAGGACGUAUUCAGUAGGUUACAAUAGUAACGCAAUACAGUCAACUCUCCAAAUUCUGAACACCCUCGAAACUGAAUCUCAUGAUAAACCCGACGAUUUUUAAGUCUCAACACCAUCUUAGACGUGUAAGACAUGCCUAGAAUAGCCCCCCUAUAAACAGAACUUCACAGAAAACCAAACUAAAUAGACAGUCUCGCGGGUGGUCCGUACCGAGAGAGUUGACUGUAGUGUAUUUAUGAUUGUGCAUUUCCUGUUAUUUACGAAUAUAUGCACCCAUAUUUGCUGGCAGGAAGACACAGGCUGGCAGGAAGGCUGGCAGGAGGUCACACGAGUCUACUAGUGAGUCAUUGCAUGACGCAUAUAUUAAUCGUGUAUUUUCCCUCUGUUGAAACUCUUGGGCGUUCCUGAUCACACAUUUGUGAAAAUUCUCCUGGUGCCAUAGCUAAUCCUUAGACGAACUCGAUACUUUGGUAACAUAUUGUGUUUUAACGCAGGAUAUCGCAGCAACUUGACAAGCAAAGAACGUGGAGUGCUCUUAGGUGGUGAAAUCGAGAAUAUUUGAGUACAAGACCGCAACCACUCGCUGGCACAAUGCAACUUUGUAUGACUAAUCACCAGUUCUCGAGUUAAACCGCAAAGUUUCGCCCUCUCACGAAACACCUAAGACAAAAAGAAAACCUGCUGCUCCCCGACAGGUAAUCCACGCUGACCGUUCGCCGCACCGCCCCACCGAGCGUGAAGAUGCAAGAGUGGCGCCUCCUACCAUGCUUCGCCGUUGCCGCGCUCCUGCUGCCGGUCGUCGCGGCGACGAGCGGCAACAUCGCGCUGGAGAACGGCACGGUCGUGUGGGGCGACGACGACGCGUUUCCACGGUUGCCUGCGCGCUACAUGGCCGACGUGGAGUACAAGGCAGGAGCGCUCGCUGGUCUGUAUGGGAUGACCCGUGGGUUCGUAAACAUCGUCCAGCCGAACAGCUUACACACAGCUCUCCGUGAGGUCCUGACGCAGGGAGACUAUCAAGCACUGGUCGCUGAUCCAGCAUCAAAGUAUUUUGGCAUCGGCAUCACCGCUGCACUGGGCAUCAUCUUCGUCAUCGUCGUGCCCGUCGUUGGCUGCGUCUUCGGCUGCUGCCGUUGCUCUGGGCGAUGCGGCGGCGACCAGCGGCAGGAGCGUGAUGCGAGCCGCAGCUUCCGCAUGCCCGCUUACAGCGCCGCCCUCGCUGCCGCCGCCGUCAUGAUGCUGGAUACACAACUCUGGGUGAUCCUGCCAGGCUAUAAUACUCUGCAGGGAUACACAACUCUGGGUGAUCCUGAUUCAUUCUGUGCUCCUUCAAAGAGUCACGAGAAUACUCUGCAGGGAUUGCCCAAAUUCUCUGCGCAUAGAAUGCCAGAACGCUCCCAGAGUUGA